AAAAUGCUAGAAUUGCAUUAUCCAAUGAUCCAGUUUUUAAUAAUGUAGGUUAGAUCAUUGCUCGUCUAUAAACUUAAGCCGCAUAAACAAUACGCUCGACUUCAGGAAAUCGAAAAAAAAGAACACAUCAAAGACAACAAUUUCUCAGGCUUACCAGUCGAGAUGCUGCUUCUGAAGGUCAUCAAGUGUUCCAGAAUUUUCAACCUUCUUACGCCUCAAGCAAGGGCAAGUGAGUAAGCUCAUUUUUGAAAACGAUGCCAUCCGAAAUCGGAUUUCCAAUGACUUUGACAAGCGGUGCAUUUGUCAACAAAAAGCGCAAUAAACAAACCAGCCAUGAAUUACAGAACAAUCUUGAUAGCAGCUGUAUUUCAUUUUGUACACCAAGUAGAAAAAGCCAGUUUAAAACAUCACAAGAUGACACAAAACUCUGUAAGCUCCAGCUAUCAGUAAGCAAGUUUCCAGACGCUGCAUAAAUUUUCCGCAUGAACUCACCUGUCAAAUUUUGACCAAUCAGAACAUAAAAAUUGGACGUAGAGCGUGAUCAACGCGUGACAGUGAGGAAAGUCAAAAGUGAUUGUCUUCCCUGCAUGUAAAUGUAAAGCCGGCUGAAUUUUCGCAUCCGAGGUCAGUUCGAAAUCAACAUUUUGAAAGUGCGGCUCAUGAUUUCGACUUAUUUCAUAUGCUUUUUAAAAAAAUUGAACUUGAGCCUGCGAUAAUUGAAAAGUAGCAACCUGUCAGCGGAUACGUUAAAAAAACACUCGGACUCAGUGGGUCGAUACCCGAGCUCGUGAUAGGGUCAGGCGAUACUGGUCAGCAGAAACGCUAUUUUGACAGCUGUCAAUUAAUCAAAACAUGGAUGUACAAUAUCAGGUUGCAAGCUCCCAAACUAGCUAGAAAGUGUGAGAUUAAACAUUGGUAUGCCUGUGGUGCUGACGGACGGAAGGUCGGGUGGUCGCUGUACGGUCACGUGAUUGCCGAAAUUUCUAAGAUGGAUAGAUUUCCUAAGCUAUGGGACUUCGAAUUGAGCCCGUGAUCAAAUAAAAUAUCAGCGCAAAACUUUAAACACUACGUGACCUCAAUGGAUAGGCAAAUGAGCCCGCGAUACACUCAGGUGAUGAUGGUCAGCGUAUACCCUAAUUUGACAGCUGUCAAUUAACCUUGAUUAGAAUGGCGAAUAUUCGAAUUAACAGACUACGAGUGUGAGAUGCCAGAUCGUGUACCUGAGCGAACCUGAGCCCACGUUAUUAGUUUUCUGAUAGUGGUCUGCAUAUGUCCCAUUUUGACAGCUGUCAAUUGACCUUAAUUUGGCUCGCCAAUAUAACUUUAAACGACUGUCAGCCAACUGACAGCCUUGCCCGGCGUAGUUUCGUUUUUAUGUUGAAUUGGUAAGUGUGACAUAUUAUAUCAGCUUAUAUGUAGGGGCAAAACGACUGGUCUUUCAUCUGAGCCUGCGUCAUAGUCAUGUGAUAAUUGUCAGCGGAUGUCUAAUUUUGACAGCUGUCAAUCUAAUCGUACUCAUACGGAUGGCUUACAUAACUAAGAGGCUAGUCAAGUUGUGCAAGAUCUAUUGUGACAUUUGACAUCGGCUUACAUGACGCGUGUGUACGGGUGGGCCGGCGGGCGUACGCUACGUCAUAACCAAAUUUUCUCGGAUGGACAGUUUACCAAAUUUUCUUACCCAUGGUGCUCCGCUAUUGUUGCUUUACCGCAGAAUACAUACGUGUUCUGUUAAUACAAUAGGAGGAAACAAAUGGAGAGUUUCGCGGUUAACUACAGCAAUGGCGGCAAAUUAAAGCGAGCUAAAAUCAAUCAGUUUCUUUCCUGUUUAAGGGUGUAACGGCGAAGAAAUCACAGAGCUAGAUAAAACACGGCUAACCACAAAGCAGAACUAAAGAAACGCGUACCGUGGGAAAACGAUAAACCGAACCACAAAAAUAAUACCGAAGAGAAAAUGCUUUGUGAGCUACUUAUCGAGCUCGGUUACAUAUGCUAACAACGUCAGUUCCAAGACAUAUGUUUAUUUUUUCCUUAAUUACAAUAUUACCGCAGCUGUAGUUUCUAAUCGAACCAUUUUCUAUUUUCAAGUGUGAGACCUCAUCGUGAACUGAUUAUUGGCUUUUCCAGUCUGUUUCCAGGAUUUCCCUUUCUACUGAAUGGCAAUGCAAUAAAACUGGAAAUUGUAUUACAAUUGAAAUGUGGUACAUGUAUUUAGACCUUGAAUAGGUCUGUUGUUUGUCAUGAUUAUUCAAAAAUAUGUUGAGUUCGAUAGGAAAAGCCUAGGAAAUUUUUUAGUAGUCAAGCCAGCCUUUUAACUGAAUUUCUCUGUUUUCCAGAGCAGUCUAAACUGGUGGACUAAGCUCUUUUUGAGCUGGUGAAAUUGUCUGGUAGCCUGCUCUCAGUGACAUCCCUGUGAAUUAAAUUCUUGUUAAAAUAAUAAUUUGUUGUUUUCUUAAAGUUGCAUUUAAUACACAGACGUUACAUAAGAAUAAGACAUCAUUUUGGCUUUCCACCUCCAACAAGGAUCCUACAGAAAAAGUUCUUGUGUAGUACCUAUAAAAACCCUGGUUUUCUUAUGAUGUUAGCGAUUGUGGUGAUUAUGAUUGUGUGCAAUCUAGCCUUCAGUUGAUCACUGCAAUCCCUUAAAUCAUUGAAGAAUUAUUUUCUUUGUAUUGCUGUGUUAGCCUGCGAACAUAUUCGCCUCUCAUCGCUCCCUGUUACUGGGGAAGUUUGGUGAUUAAGACCUCUGUGUUUUUGCCAAAAAAAUUUCAUAGUCAUGACCCAAAUCAAUGUUUACAGAGUUGAUUUGGUAGUCAUCGGGUUUCAGUUCAGGGCUAAAAAUAAUUUCCAGAGAGCUGCCGCACACGGUGAACAGCCAAAUUCAUUUUACGUCUGUCACGUAUCGUUUCUGGCCGGUCAAAUUUAUAAGAUAAAAAUAAACAACUCUUGAAACAUUAAGGGCCCAUGAACCAAACUGGUGUUAUAUAUUUCCAGCUUGCGAAAUUCAGGUCGAAAUCUUACAAAAUACAAGGCGAUAAAACAUAAUAGAAACUUAUCUUGGCUUAAUUGCCGUAAACUUCAAGACCACAAUGAGCGAACAAUGUUCCAUAACUACCAGGCGUAAAUUAUCUUGUGGAAAACUGGGCUCUAGUCAUGAUCAAAAAGCUUUGCCAUAGGUCAUUUCUUGAACGCCUUGUUGUUAAAAUCGCAAAUGAUUAUCUCUGUUAAAAAGCAUUAAAGAGGCCUAUCAAAUCAGUGCAAAAUCGAUCGAUUUCGAGUGAGAUUUGGCUUAAUUUGGCCGUUUUUUACUGGUUGUUUUUUGGUGAAGUUAGCCCCCAAAAAUUUCCGCGAAAUCGGCCGAUUUUUCGAUGAAUCUGUCUCUUAAAAUCCCGCAAAACUUGACUUUUUCUCUGCGACCUAACAGAAGCCCCGAAAAAAGUGGUUGCUUAACUAAUAAAAAUGAAAAUGUUUUAGAUUUUGAAACCAGAAGUGUGUGAACCCCAGUGUCUGUUUCAGUGCGUUCAUUGUAAACAACGGUUCCAGUUGUAUUUCACGUAGGUUUUGAGAUUAAAGUUCUGCAAUACAUAUCUACUCCGUACUUACUGAUAACAACUGAAACAACUGAAUAGCAUGGAAAUUUUACUUUAUUUCACGUUCAAUACGAUCAAAGGUGACUGGUCAACAUGACCAGCAAGACAAAAUGUUGACGGGUCAACUCCCCAAUCAGUCUGGACAUUGAUUGUUGACCAGCCGUUAUUUUGAGCCCUACAGAUCUAAAUUUAUUUGAGUUUCUAUUUUUAAAAAAAGGUUUUACGGAGCAAUAAUUAUAUUCCCAGGAAACAAGUAUUUCUUGGUGGAUUCGGCUCCUUGUGUAUGAUCUUUGUGAACUUUUUUCUUUCGUCUGUCAUUGGUAAACAGUAGCUGAAAGAGUAUGAUUAUGGUUACUGCAUCAACCAAUUGGAGUUUCUGAAAGGGUUAACUUGUCUUUCAGUGGCUAAGCUUUUUAUUAGGCAGUUUUCCUUGAGGGUGAUGCCAGCGCAUAGUUUAACAUAAUUUAGCUAGUAGUUUAGUCAGUAAUUGAUUUUGGGUCCUCCAGAUUGUACCUGCACCUCCAAUGCCCUUCAUGCUUGUUUACACUGCAUCACAAUUAUAUAGGACAAUAGCUAUGGUACUACGAUCAUGGACAAGAGUCCUUGUGACAGUCAUGCAGUAUUCAUAUUUUUCUGUUUUUUCUGGGUUCCCUCUUUAAAAAGUGCAUCCUUGGAAUUUUAAUAUUUACACACACACUGUUUUUGUAUUGGAAAUCUGCAAUUUACUUGUUUUUCUGCGCUCACUUGUACCAUUUCUGCUGCAUCUACUCAUGCAUAAAUACCUCGUACUUUCCACGAAAUAUUUCGUAGACAUUACUCGUAAAGGAGGAUUUUUUAUUUUUAUGACCACGUACAUAGAGCUACUCUGUAAGUUUGAGUGAAAAUAAAGUUUAUGUAAUGUAUGUAUGUAAUGAUUCACUUGCAGACAAGGUGGAAAGGUGACACACAUUAAAAUUCAAAACACAGGAGAUUUUUAUGACCUGUAUGGAGGAGAAAAAUUUGCCACUCUGUCAGAGUUAAUUCUCUUUUACACUGAAAAUCCUGGACAACUGAGGGAGAAGCAAGGUGAAGUUAUUGAACUGAAAUUCCCACUGAAUUCUACAGAUCCAACCUCUGAAAGGUUAGUUUAACAUGUUCACUCAUUGGUUCUGGUUUUACUGAACAGGACUUACUGUCAAUGUACAGUCAUACGACUGUGUAAACCCAAAGCAGCCCCUUUUUUGUCUUGAUGUUACUUAAAUAAUGAUUUAACUUCAAAUUUAUCAUACGCUUUUAUACCUUUAAUCAUUUCUCAAGCUGUGUCCUACUUGUAGCUGAUCUAUACUACUCUAUUUUAUUUUGAAAAUUGUUUUUGUUUUUAUUUUUGCACCUCUUUCACUUUUACACUAUAUAAUUAUGGCCUUGUAUCAUAAAAGGGUGCAUUGUUUGUUUCAGUUGAAAAUUGGCCAAGCAAAAUUAUAGUUGUUACAAGACAUCUCUCCCGUUAGGGCUCAGCUUGUAAGCUGUUAUUAUUUUGUUCAAUACUGUGUGCUCACAAGCCAGUUGUUGAACACUAAUAACCCUUUCAAUCCUGUUAGUGGCCAAAGUCCAAAUUGGAUGAAUACUCCAAAUUUCAUUUUUGUAAUACAUGUACUGGAAAACAGCAUGAUAGUACCAUGUGAAAAUAUUCCCAAAGAGGUUUCAAUUGAAUGGUAACACUGUGCAGACUCAAAAGUUUGAACUUCAUCCUAAAUAAAGAGCAUGUAGCGGCUGGGUUCCCUGUUUCGUUUGUUUUCCCGCCUUUAGAGGUCAUGUGACUUUGUUUUUAGUUGUCUUUUGAUACGUUUCAGCGAGUGUUUGCAGCUUGGGCAUUCACUCGAAGUAACGACCAAAAUUGAUCGGUUUCGACGCAUUGACGACUGUAUUUCUGGGAAACUUUUCUUGCUGAAACCUCGAAAGACUUGGAAAUAAUCCUCAUAAUUAUCGUACUGAGUUUUACGAAUCGUCUUUCACGCACUAGCCUUUAUCUUAGCCUUAAGACAAGUUUCGUUUAUUCAAACCUCGUCAGUUUGGCUAAAACUGUUACAAUACGUUGUUACAUUCAAACAAGCAAACGCGUACGCUCACCCUCAAGCGCGUGCAAGAAGGCGCGCGCAACUGCUAAAAAUUACAAUCCAUCAAUCAUUUCACUAUUGCCGCUUGCGGCAAUGUUAUAGAGUUCCAUUCCGUCUUGUUAUUUAUAGAUCCUUCUCGUCUGAUCUUGAUGGAUGAAUCUUGAUCUGAUCGUCUGAUCGUCUGAUCGUCUGAUCGUCUGAUCGUCUGAUCUUGAUGGAUGAAUCCAUCAAGAUCAGACGAGAAGGAUCUAUAAAUAACAAGACGGAAUGGAACUCUAUAAUAUUGCCGCAAGCGGCAAUAGUGAAAUGAUUGAUGGAUUGUAAUUUUUAGCAGUUGCGCGCGCCUUCUUGCACGCGCUUGAGGGUGAGCGUACGCGUUUGCUUGUUUGAAUGUAACAACGUAUUGUAACAGUUUUAGCCAAACUGAAGAGGUUUGAAUAAACGAAACUUGUCUUAAGGCUAAGAUAAAGGCUAGUGCGUGAAAGACGAUUCGUAAAACUCAGUACGAUAAUUAUGAGGACGACUGUAUUGUUUGGAACAUUGUCUUCGUGUAUUGUCACGAUUCAAGAUUGUAGCCGUCCUUGCAGUAUUGGAAAUAAAGGUCCGUAAACAAGAGUGAAUUUCGUCGCUACAGUUACUUCGAACGCCGAGCUGCAUUCAGAUGAUUUGUUGGCCUACGAGCACCGUUCUCAGACUAUUUGUCCUAUCUUAUUGUGAAUAUUGGUAUUUUGAGUCCUGGUGAUAAUAUUUGGCGUGCAACACUGGCCGUGAGUACUUUCUAUGCUUGUAUACAAGGGUUUUUGAUCCCUUGUUGUUUUGUGAUGUCGGUUUGGGAUCUUUCGAGCGAUGAUGGCCGAGAUACGGCACUCGAUCUCACGAAAACUCCGGAUUUGACACUUUGUGAACCUCAAGCCUUCUCUACCGCAAUGGAAAACGAAAACAAGGAGUCUGGUUACGCUACAAAGCCGAACGAAACGACAAACUCGCCGCCUCUGGACGAAAACGCAUGUGUUUCAGAGGAAAUGUGGAAUGGACAAGGGAACGCGGAAUUGGAUCAGACCGUUAUCGAUAAGAGACCUCGGAAACUAACUGAAAAGGGCAAAGGCUAUCGCCUCGUGCAAAGGAAAGGAGAAAGAAAUAAACUUAAACGAAAAAUACAAUCUCAGAUUGCUAACAUCAGCACGCUGUUGGGCCAUGAUAAGAACCUUGUGUUAAUCAGUGAUUUGUCUAUUAAACUAAAUUAUCUGUUUGAGCAGUUUGGUGAUCUACACGAAGAAAUACAAGAACUUCUUACAAAAGGAGGAACAAAUUACGGACUCUGAGAAUUAUGAUGACUUGUACCAAGAAAUUAGACUCAUUCGUGAAACACUACAGAAGUGGAUGAUCGAUGCCAAUCAGCGGAUUAGAGAUGAGAAAAUUGAAAGGGGUUCUGCCAAGAGCAUCAAAUCAAAGGGCUCUAGGUCCUCGAAGUUGUCAACCACAUCCUCAAGGGCGAAGGCUCUCGAAGCCAAGGCAAGGCAGGCUGAGUUAGAGGCAAGGAUCGCGCAACUUGAUCAAGUCGAGGCUGCGAAGAAGGAAGCAGAAAGAGCAAAACUAAUGGCCGAACGUGCAGCUGUGGCCGCUGUCAACAAAGUGUAUGAAGACGCUAUGAAGGAGGAUGACGAACAAUAUUUGGGCUCGGAUGAUCCUGACAUCAAUGAUACAGCUGCCGACGAUCAGCCUAAACCAAAGAAGUCUUCGCAGACCACUGAGCCUAUACAAACCAUAGAUGAAUCCAGAAAUUUGAGGAAAACUGAAGCAGAAAUUAAGCAUUUGAAUGAUCCUGCCGAGAAUCAGCUGGAAUCUAUAAGCGCUUUAGACCCUAAGGCACCGGAAUUUGCGUUGCCCUCUGUACCCUUACAAUCGGAAUGUGUUGUUAGCAAUGGUAGUGCAGCAUACUGCAACCCCAUGGUAACGAAUUGCAAUACCGAAGUGACCAGUCUUGUACCACCAGCGGCCUUCUGGGAAAAGAUGGAAUUAAGAAUGACGCAACCCCCGCCUGUACCCGCUCCAUUUGAUGGAGAUCCAUCCCGCUACCUUCGUUUCAGAGCUGACUUUAGAGAUCAAGUCGAGAGCAGAGCAUCGUUGACUGAUAGCGAGAAAAUGAAUUAUUUAAUGACUUACACAGCUGGUAAAGCAAGGGAAGUCGUCGAAAACUAUCGGGGUCUACCAAAUGGUUGUCACAUCGCUCUGCAAAUGUUAAGGCAGAGAUUUGGACAAAAUGCAAUGGUAGUGGAGGCCCUCAAGUCGUCAGUGGUAAAUGGCCCAAAGUUAAAGAAUGGUGACAGUGCAGCCCUUCUAGCUCUUUCCGAUAAAGUGCAAAAUUGUCGCUGCGCAAUGAUUGAACUGCAAUCAAAGGAACUUGACUGUACUACGAACUUACGGCAAAUCUAUGAUCGUCUACCGUACCCCUUGCAGGCGAAAUGGAGAAGGUCAGCAAAGCAGUACCGUGAAAGAACUGGUGGUGGAGAGCCGACGCUCAAGGAACGUUCGGAGUUCAUAACUGCCGAGUCGCAAACUGAGAAUGACCCACUCUAUGGAAGACCUAGUACCCUUGCAAUAAGGGCUAACACCGGCAGAAACUUCAAAAAACCUCUUCCCACAUCAGGACAGUCUGGAGAAACACAUAUUUCCACCUUGUCGACAGAGAUUAAAACAAAGGAGACCAAUACUCCCCAAGAGGACAAGGCCCUACCUGCAAAGGGAGAACAUGUUGGUCGGGUUGAAAGAGGCGAAGAGGAGAGGUGUCGGGUUUGCAAGGGAAGGCAUGGUGUUUCAGAAUGUUCAGCGUUCGCAAAGAAGGGUUUGAAUUGGCGCCGGCGUUUUGCAAGAUCCAGUGCACUAUGUUACCGGUGUUUGUCCAGUUGUCAUAUGAUAAAGACAUGUCCAAAAACUAAGGGUUGUGAUGUGAAGAGCUGCCCUCAGCCAUCGACCCACCAUUCCCUGCUACAUCUACCCACAGCAACUUCUGACGCCAAUAAGGGUGAGGAGAGCGUUAAUCGUAGCGCUACUCCCAGUGAGGACUUAACCGUAAGCGUAACUAUGGAAGACUCAAAACGAAGCUUUGUGCUACUCAAGGUGGUACCGCUGUCCAUCGUGGGUGAAAACGGAACUAUGGUCACUUCGUACGGCCUUUUAGACUCAGCGGCUGUCAGUUCCUUGAUUACGUCGGACCUAGUUGAACGAUUGCAACUUCAUGGAACUCCCGAGAAAGUGAGCAUUAACAAUGUAACACACAAGAAUCAUGACUGUGAACUCAUCAGAGUUAAAUUUCUGAUAAGCCCAUUGAGACGAGAUGGACCCUUGUACUCAAUACUUCAUGCCUUGGCCAUACAGGACUUGAACGUUAGUGACCGGUAUUGUCCAAACCAAGUAGAUUUAACACAAUGGCCACAUCUUGCACAUUUAGAACUGCCGAAUAUUCCUGUGUAUGUUCCGAAGGUUUCAGUUCUCAUUGGCCAGGAUGUGCCUCAGGCGCACAUAGUUCUCGAUUACCGCUGGGGAGAUAGCCCACAGAACCAGCCAUACGCAAUGAGAACUCCAUUUGGAUGGUGUGUAGCUGGGCCCACAAACAAGGGGGAAUAUAAUAGCAAGCCAGUUGCCCUUUCUGUAUUCGAGUUUGACGUUACCAAGGAAGGGUCGGUCAUGGGACUUCAACAGCAAGUUGAGAAAUUUUGGGACUCUGAAUCACACGGAUUUGGAAAUGUUGGUGACAGUUGCGACAGCCGUGAGGACAGCAGGGCCCUUGAAAUAUUGAACAACACCACUAAAUUAAAGAACGGGAGGUACGAGGUCGGUCUCCUUUGGCGAAAUAGCGACCCUCAGCUUCCAAACAACCGGUCCUUGGCAGAAAGGAGGUUACAGCAACUGAAGAGACGGUUUGACCGAAGUCCAGAAUUCGCCAAGCAAUACGAGGCAGUGAUGAACGACUAUAUUGCAAAGGGGUAUGCUGUGAAGUUGUCCGCUGAGGAAGCCGCCCACACGAGUAAAUGCACAUGGUAUUUACCCGAAUAAAGUAAAGGUCCGAGUGGUGUACGAUGCGGCUGCGGAAUUUGGUGGGACAUCCCUGAAUAAAGAACUGCUGCAAGGACCACAGCUGAACAAUUCUCUCGUUGGAGUUCUGAUCCGAUUCAGAAAAGAGGACGUAGCCAUAGCCUCUGAUAUCGAGAGCAUGUUUCACAGAGUAGUCUGCAGGGAGGAGGAUACAGAUGCCCUACGGUUCUUAUGGUGGAGUGAAGGCGUCGAUAAGCCACCGAGUGAUCACAAAAUGAAUGUGCAUUUGUUUGGAAAGACAGACUCUCCAUCGAUUGCAGCCUGGGCUUUAAAACGAACAGCUGCAGACAAUGAGUCCGAGUUUAGCAAGGAAGUGUGCGCUAUUGUCUCCAAGAAUUUCUAUGUAGAUGAUGGAUUGUUUUCUGUGCCUACCACUGAACGGGCAAUUGAUGCUUCACUGCAGUUGAUGGAGUUGUUGCAAAGAGGGAACUUUCGGUUGACAAAGUUCGUGUCCAACGUCAAGCAAGUAUUAGCUGCUAUCCCAGCAGGGGAAAGAACGGUUAAAAACCUGGAUUUGGACAAGCUUCCUAUCGAAAGAGCGCUGGGCCAGCAGUGGGAUACCGAGACCGACUCGUUGGGAGUGAAGGUGUCACCUUUACCGAAGAAGUUAAAUGACGACACGAGGCGAGGGUGUUUGUCAACCAUGAGCUCCACGUUCGAUCCGCUGGGCAUGAUUGGACCGGUUUUGCUCCCAGCUAAGAGAGUCCUCCAAAGGACCUGGCAGCUUAAACUUCAAUGGGACGAGAAAUUGCCAGACGACUUGCUGAGAAGCUGGACAAAGUGGAGAGAGCAGUUGGAGCUCCUCAAUCAAGUCAAUAUUCCUCGUUGUUACUUCCCUGGCGGCUGCCAUGCUGGUAAAUCAUUCCAGUUACAUCACUUCAGUGAUGCCUCUGAAUUUGGUUGCGGGACAGCGUCCUAUUUGAGAAGAGAAACAUGGGAUAGAAUGGUGAAUUGUUCAUUUAUCAUGGCCAAAAGCCGGACGGCUCCUCUUCAGUACGUUUCUAUCCCGAGGCUCGAGUUACAGGCUGCUACGAUAGCAGCAAGAGUUCACAGUAUGAUCAUAAGGGAAAUAGACUUGAAUAUUUCUUCUACCUUCUUCUGGACAGAUUCCCAAAUCACGUUGCAGUACAUCAGAAACGAGUCCCGUAGAUUCAAGACCUACGUAGCAAACCGUGUAUGUGAAAUAAGGCAAGUUUCCGAGCCGACCCAGUGGAGACAUUGUCCAGGAAACCUAAGCCCGGCAGAUAAUGCAUCUCGUGGGCUUUCAGCUCAACAGCUUUUGAGCAGCGAUAGGUGGUUCGCUGGCCCAGCCUUUUUAUCCCAACCAGAGGCAGAGUGGCCGACCACUGAAAUUGGCGAUCUACCAGAGAACAACUUAGAAGUCAAGGUGGAAAAGGCUAUAUUCACUUUGCAGUCACCCAAUAGCAUACACGAAUUUCUUGUAAGGUAUUCUUCCUGGUCAGUGCUGUUGCGAAAGGUAGCCUGGCUAUUAAAAUUCAAGUCAUAUCUAAAGAAAGAUAGAGACAGCAGCAGUUCAAAGUACUUAACGACAGAUGACCUACAGAAGGCUACAACUGCUGUAGUAAGGCUGGUGCAGAAUGAGGCGUAUGCCGAUGAGAUGGGCGACUUGGAAAAGGGAAAGAACGUCAAACAUUCAAGCAGAAUUGUCAAGCUUCGGCCAAUGUUGGAUAAUGGAGUAAUGCGAGUUGGAGGACGCAUUUCUGAAGCUGCCAUUGCCUUUGGAGCCAAGUUCCCAAUGAUCAUGCCGCCAGGGCAUCACGUCACCCAGUUGCUUAUUGCAGCCUUCCACCAACAGCUAGCGCACGCUGGUCAGAACCACAUACUGGCAAGUUUAAGGGAGCAGUUUCGGAUACCUCGAGGGAGGUCUGCUGUGCGUAAAGUAGUACGAUCCUGUUUAAAGUGCAAGAAGCAAAGGGCAGCCACUAUGGAGCAGAUGAUGGCCACUCUACCAGCGUUUCGUACUACGGCUUAUCAACCAUGCUUCACUCACACUGGCGUCGACUAUUUUGGACCGUUAAACGUGAAAAGAGGGAGAGCCGUGGUCAAGAGAUGGGGUGUCAUAUUCACCUGUUUGAAUUCUAGGGCCGUGCAUCUGGAACUGGCUACUUCUCUAGAGUCAGACUGCUUCAUCAAUGUUCUAAGGAGAUUCAUGAAUCGAAGAGGCGCACACAAGUGUAUUUACUCGGUGUCGGUGCAGAAAGGGAAAUUAGAGAAGCGAUAGAAAACUGGAACCAGGAACAGAUCUUGGAUGAACUACUUCAGAAGGGAUGUCAGUGGGCGUUCCAACCGCCAAAGGCUUCACACGCUAGCGGAGUCUGGGAGAGACUAAUACGUAGUACCCGCACAGCCAUCAAGGCCAUACUCGGUGAGAGCCUAGUGAAUGAAGAAGUAUUGACAACCGUCUUAACAGAAGUUGAGGCUAUUCUGAAUUCUAGACCACUUUGCGCUGCGUCCGAUGACUCAAAUGAUUGUGAACCCUUGACUCCUAAUCUCCUGCUGCUGCAGAGGGCUGUUCAUGUUUUACCUCCUGGAGUCUUCGUAAAAGAGGACAUAUUUGCUAGGAGGAUGUGGAGACAGGCACAAGUUCUAGCUGAUCAUUUCUGGAAGCGAUGGCUAAGGGAGUACAUCUCAGUUUUACAGGAGAGACAGAAGUGGCAGCGACCCCGCCGGAAUGCUGAGAUUUGAGACCUUGUGCUACUAGUGGACGACUGCUUGCCUAGAGGACAUUGGCGUAUGGGUCGAGUCAUUGAAGCAGUUCCCGGAAGAGAUGGACUUGUCCGGACAGUAGUAGUGAAAACGGGCGCGUCAACCACAUUAGUACGUCCUAUACAGAAACUUUGUUUGCUGGAAGAAUCAGGAAAUCUCCAGCGAGAUUAGAGACAGACAAGUAUAGGAACAGUGCCACUAUAUUGAUUGACAUUCCUUUAUUACAUGAACUUAGCAGGCGUGGGAACCCAUGCCUAGUUUGUGUUUCUAAUGCUUCACUAAGUUCGCAUGGGGUGGGGUGUAGCGGCUGGGUCCCCUGUUUCGUUUGUUUUCCCGCCUUUAGAGGUCAUGUGACUUUGUUUUUAGUUGUCUUUUGAUACGUUUUAGCGAGUGUUUGCAGCUUGGGCAUUCACUCGAAGUAACGACCAAAAUUGAUCGGUUUCGACGCAUUGACGACUGUAUUGUUUGGAACAUUGUCUUCGUGUAUUGUCACGAUUCAAGAUUGUAGCCGUCCUUGCAGUAUUGGAAAUAAAGGUCCGUAAACAAGAGUGAAUUUCGUCGCUACAGAGCACCAUGUUACAGAACUGCUGAAGAGGUUUCAUUUGAAUGGUAACACUAUAGGAUGUAAUCCACAGACUCAAAAGUUAGAAUUUCAUACUAAAUAAAUAGCACCAUGUGAAAGUACUGCUGAAGAGGUUUCAUUUGAAUGGUAACACCAUCCAAAGACUCAAAAGUUAGGACUUCAUACUAAAUACAUAGCCCCAUUUGGAAGUACUGCUGAAGAGGUUUCACUUGAAUUGUUACACCACAGGAUUAUAUCCACAGACUCAAAAGUUAGAACUACAUACUAAUUAUAAAUAGCACCAUGUGAAAGUACUGCUAAAGAGGUUUCAUUUGAAUGGUCACACCACAGGAUUGUUGAUAUUUGUUGUUGUUAGAUGGUUUCAUGGACACCAUGUGAAAGUACUGCUGAAGAAGUUUCAUUUGAAUGGUGACACCACAGUAUUGUUGACAUAAAUAUUUUGUUGUCAGAUGGUUUCAUGGACACAUAUCUGGAGAGGAGGCAGAGACAAUGAUGUUGGAGAAAGGAAAGAAUGGAUCUUUCCUGGUUAGACAAAGUCGGAGCAAACCUGGAGACUUUGUUCUUACGGUCAGGUGAGUUGUUGUAGUUAUCUUAUACGUGGAGAUUUUGUCACACUCCAUUUACUUUUACCAAAUUAGAGGGGUAGUACCACCAAGAUUUGUGGGUCCUGAAGAAUCCAAUGGAAUUGUUUCUGGCUAUCUGCAGGGAUGUUAGUAAGAUUUCAAUUUGGCUGCUACAGCCUAAUAGACAGCGAUGUACAUGUACUUGAAAUACGCUGCGACUUGAAUAAGUUUGGAGAGACUAUGGCUAAGCCCUCCAAAAUAUGGAAAUAUUUGCUUAAUUCCUUAGUAUCAAUGUGAAAUGUCUUUCUGUAUCGACAAGUUGGCAUCUGUUUUAUACAUGUAUUCAGAGUAGCAAUUUUUGAUAUCUUACUGGUAUGUACUAAAUUAGAUUGGAGGACAAGAUUACACAUAUUAUGAUACGUCACCUAGUGGGAGAUGGUAAAUAUGAUGUUGGUGGAGGAGAGAAGUUUAAUGAUUUGACUGAUCUGGUGGAGCAUUAUAAGACAAACCCCAUGGUGGAAAAAUCUGGCACUGUUGUGCAGCUUAAAAUAGUAAGUUGCAUUAGUACUUUUCUUAUCAUGAUCAUGUCAAUUAAAAACAUCAAGACAAACACCUCCUUAAUAAUAUUAGUAUUGAAUAAUAAUAAUAAUAAUAAUAAUAAUAGUAGCAAGAGUGAUAAUGAUGAUGAUGAUGAUGAUAAUAAUUGUAAUAAUAAAAGUAAUAAUAAUGCUUUCUAAAAUUAUGAUAAUUUAAUAUUACAUGUAUGUAGCAGUACAAAACAAUCAAAUGCUAAAUGUUGUAAUUGAUAAAUUCAUAUUGAUGUAUUUUUAGCCAUUCAAUGCAACAAGAAUCAAUGCAGCAGCUAUUGAGGACCGAGUUAAGGUGCUGCAAAAGCAGAAUCAGAAUGUAUCUGGAAAGGCUGGAUUUUACGAAGAAUUUGAGGUGAGAAAGACAAAGACAGCAGUAGUGUCCAUUGUUCUUGUGAAUCGUAAGGUUCCUUGUACAUGUAUUACCAUUCUUCUCAUACUUUGCUUUGCUUCUGUUUGUGACUGAAAAUUUGUUUUCCACAUCCACUGAGGAAGUGAUCAUUCUAAUAUUGUGUUACCAUUGAUGUGAGAGGUAUGGUAUAUGCAUGGCACUGUGCAGCAGCAUGUUUACACACAGAUACUGAUGUGGCAUGAAGAAAGCUGAGGACCUUUAGAUAGUCACUGUUUGAAAUGAAAUAACAGUUUGAAUGGUAUUGUGGGGUGUUUAUUGACUAAAUGAAUUGAAGAAAGAGUGCUGCCAAAUGUUACUUGAAAAUCACAAACAAAACAAUCUACUGUAACUUGUAUUGUUUUUAAGGUACAUGGCACAACAAAAGUGUUGUCUGGUACAUGUAGAUCGGGGAUAGUAGAACAGCUGCCUGGGCUAGUGUGUUUUAAUUAGUAGUUGUCUAACAGGCAUGUAACAUUUGCUGUGAAAAAGUAAAUGUCAGUGAAAAAGUGGAUUAGUAAGCUUGCACAGCUGUUCUAUUUUUUUUAAAUUUAAUAGUUGUUUAUUUAAAUGAAUAAAUAAAUAAUAAUUAAUGAUUUGGAGGUAGCACAUCCACGUAGUGGUUCUUCGUCUACCUGAUUCCUGGUGGAUUUGGAAUUUGAAUGUUGGUUUUUGAAAAGAGGGGAAAACCGGAGUACCCAGAGAAAAACCUCUUGGAGCAAAGGAGAGAACCGACAACAAACUCAACCCGCAUAUGGCGUCACACAACAAAAACUGUACUUUGUAAGAACCUGGAUAUCCAUGCCAGUUUAAGUGAUUUGGCCAUAGUCUCUAUGCUCUCUGCACAGCUGUUCUAGGUUUGUAAACAUCAGCAACAGCUUGAACUUUCAUAUCACCCUUAGAUAGCAGAUUCAGAAAAGGUGGAAACUAUAUAUUAUGUUGCAUUUUUUUAUUUUUUGUAAUUAAAGUCUUUCUAAAUUCUCUCAAUGUUGCCUGCAUAGGUUCUUCAAAAACAAGAUUGUAAACAUCUUUACAGCAGAAAAGAAGGUGAAAGACCUGAGAACAAGCCCAAGAACAGAUACAAGAACAUUCUACCAUGUAAGUUGUGUUCAUUAGUUUCAUUAGUUUCUUUGUUUACAAGCAGCAUAACUUAAAAAGACAAUCCCCAAGGAUGUAAGUAAUUUGCACAAUUGGUCCAUCAUAGAUGGUGUAGUUUAAAGAAAUUCAGGUUAAAGUGGUUUCGUCUAUGGCUGAUUUUCAAUUUCCCUAAUAAUUAUAAAAAAAAGUCAAUUUCCGUGGCCUCAUUUACAUGUAUUAUCUGCUGUCACUCUGGAAAUUUACUCGAAGGGCUUUCCCAAUAUAUGGAAUUAACAUAAGACUGAAAUAUUUUUCUUUGAAAAGCAGGGUUGUCACUUAGAUUUCAAGUUGCCGGGUAUUUGUUGUUAGUAGCCGGGGAAGUCGCAAGCAGUCAUGGAGCCCCUUCCCCCCCCCCCGCCUUUACGUAAAGCCUCGUUGGAGGGUUUUUUUAGUGGCCGGCAAAUGGGAAUAUACAUGUAAGCACCGCGCCUAAAAAAAAAGUGUAGGCUGGCACCGGUCACGUUAUCUGCGCAGUCUUAUCUUCACGCAGGCAAGGCGCAUGCUGGGCAGUGAAGUGUUAAAUCACAACGAUACUUUACAAGUGCUAAAAAUGUUGAAAGGACAAUCGAUUCUUCUACGGUGCAAAUGAAUUAACAUGCACUGUAAAAUCAAUUGUAAAUCCUCAUUAUUUUAGUUAUACGUAAGAACGAAACAACUUACGGAAAACAAAAGUGAAACUAAUAUUGCAAAUGAAUUAACCCACGCAGAAGCGGAAAGAAGAAAAGCGGACGAUGAAUGUACGAAAAAGCAUCAUAAACAUAAGGUUACUAUGGUUUGUUGAAAAAUAAAAGUAUGAUAAGGCUAAAACAAGCGUAACGCACGAAAAAUCGCGGGAUAAAAUAUGGCAAAACUAAACUGCACAACUGGUGACAUUAGUGGUCUCGAAUUUAUGAACGAAACAUCACUCGACAUACGAAGAAACUGACCUACGGAAAAGCGUUUAAACGACAGGGCUAAUACUUUAUAAACGACGCUGAGAUGUCAAAACGAGACUCAAGGAGAAGAAUGUAAAAGUGAUGCAACUUCUUGGAAGUAGAACUAAGAGCAUGUGAUCAUGGCCUGCGGACAAUGAUCGAAUAUUUCCUGUUGACCGUGCGUUAUUUUAUACACUCGAUAUUAAAAGCUAAAUGUAGACCUGGUCACUUAAAUGUCCACGUAUUAAACAUGGCAAUCAGUCAUACUCUUCAUCUUCAAAGCCUUCAUCAUAAUCCUAAUUAUCAUCAACAUCAGCAUCAGGGAGAUUUAACCCUCGAAUGAUGCCUCAACUUGUGAUGUCAACAGAGAUCUGCUCAGGUCUUUCAUCGUGAACAAAGAGUGCAGCAUCCUUUGCCACUUCUUCGACGUGUUCAACACAAACUCUACACAACGUACGGUUGAAACUAGGGACUUUUAGCAUCGACAAAGGUGACGGCAGCGAAAACGUCACUUUUAAAAAUGAAUUGGCGUUUUUUCCAACUUUGUCGCGUUUAUUUCAACUCGCUGAUAAUAGCUAAUGUAGGCCAAUUUCGCGUUCCCUGGAGUUGAUUUCUUUGGGCGCACUCAAGUUUAGAAAGAGAAAGAAAAGUUUGUCGUCGCUUGUUUUACGUCCUCCAUAAAACGUGAAACUAGGCAUUUUCACGUCGUAGUCGUGCAGUAACGGCAAAGAAAUGUACAAAAAAGCGUGACGCAUGUGCAAACUAGUUGUUUUGCUCAAUAAACCUAUUGCUUUUUUGACGUUCUCGUUGCCGUCACCGUUGUCGUUGCUAAAACUCCCUACUGACAUUUCGCGAACGGAGAGUUUUCGCGCGUGUGUACUGGUACCAAAUCUAAGUCAGAUGUCUUUUUCCGACGUUUCUUGGUUUUUGCACGCGAGUAUUUCAGAAUUACUUAAACCUGCUGCAGAUGAAACUCGCAUUUAGUUUGAUGGAUAGUCUGUGUGUGUUUCAAAGGUGUGCUCUUUUGGUUUAAUUUAACGACGAAAGUAGCCGGGGGCCAUGCUCUGAGUAGCCGGGGGAAAUCCCCCGCCCCCGGCCCUUAGUGACAACCCUGGAAAAGGCUUUCCCACCCUUAUUCGCUAGGAUCAUUUUCAUUUUCUUCACUUUAUUUAUUUUCAAACUAUAGUCUCGAUAUUGUCUAAGUUCAGCUCUGACGCCAGCACUAACCAACAAUUUCUUAAGAUUUGUGCACUUUGUUACCCACCAGAUGCUUAUCCCGUGGAUUUGGUACUCCAAUGACCCCUCCCCUCACCCCACUCUGGUCCAUGUCAUUUAGUUGAGGUUAGGAAUGAUCCAGCCUGACAUCAACCUUUUUUGGGGGGGGGGGGGAUGGGGGUGGAGAGGGGGAAUCAUUUGUAAUCACCAGUGCUUUCUUUGUUUUUAAAUUAGACUUGUCAACACUCGUUUUCCUUAACAUUUUUGUCCAAUUUUUACAGGUUGAAUUUAUUAAAUAUUUUUUGUGCAUUUCCACAACAUCUUCCAACCCAGAUUACUUAUGAUUGUGAAUAAUGCCAACAAUUUCUUUUGUAUCCUAAUUCUUAGGUAGAAUCAUAUGAAAAAGAAAGUAUUUGGAGACCAAUGAAAUUGUGUAAAGCUGAAACCAUUCUCCCCUGAAUUGAAAUUUGAACUUCAUCAUAAACCUUUUAAUCCUCAAGACUUUAAAACAUAAACUUUCAGAAAAACACUGAAAUACCAUACUUAAGGAAAAAUUUAAAAUCAGAUUUGAAAAACUGCUGCAUAAGAGAUUUAAUUCUUUUGUACUGUUCUUUCAUAGCCAUCUUAGUGCUUGGACAUUCGUUGAAGAGAUUUCCGCCAUUAUAAAACCAACCAGUCCAUGGGCAACAUUAAUAUAAUUAUUUCAUUAAUUAUUUUAAUAUGGACAUAACUUUGCUAUCAACAUUAUAUUUUUGGCUCUCCUGUUACACACUGUUUUGAUUUUUGCUUCUGUUUUAUCUCUACUUCACUCAGUUGAUCACAGUCGAGUUGUUUUGCGUGGGGGUGACCCAGAUGUUGUGGGAUCAGAUUACAUCAAUGCAAACUUUGUUGGGGUAAGUUAUUGCUUGAUUUUUAACAAUUCAUCUCUAAGGUAUUUCGUGUGAAAAUUGAAUUCCUCAACAUUUUAUGAGUAAUUCCUACUUAUAAGAGUCCUUUUGUCGCCUUGAUUUAAUAUAGUGUAGUGCACAAUAAGUUGUGUUUCAGUUGUUUUGUUUCCUUUGAAAGGGAAAGCCCUUUGGGAAUUCGAACUGCAUGGAAAACAAAUUUUUGGCCAAAAUUCUUGGUAUACAACCAUUUUUUAUGUGAUGGCCCAAUGGUCAAGCCAGGUAUUUGGUUUGAGCACAUUCGCGUUGAGUUAAAACAUUGUUUAACCCUGAAAGCUUGGCUAAAAGCAACUAGUAGUGUUUCUGUUUGUACACCAUUUUAAAAGCUUGACUAUUACAGUGUUACUACCACAUCAUGUCAAUGGCACCCAUACACAAAUGACGAACUAUCAUCCCAUCCAGGAAGCUUUUGGAUCUUUCAUCAUAAACUGUUUGAUGUUCAUUGCAGCCUAGUGACUGUGAGGAAUCAUCCAAGAGAUACAUUGCAGCUCAGGACUGCCUUCCAACCACCGUAGAAGAUUUCUGGAAAAUGACCUUUCAAGAGAACAGUCGGAUCAUUGUCAUGAUAACAAAGGAAGUGCAGAGAGGAAGGGUGAGUACAUUAUAACAAUAGUGUUGACCUUUAAACUCUGUUAUUUACAUUGUACUCAUUAUUUGUCUUCUCUGUCUUCUCAUUGGCUAAGAGCCUACAGCUAAUUUUGGAAAUCAGCGCAACUUACAGAUUAGUAAGUGGUUAUCUGCUAGCAGAUAACUGACUAAUCUGUAGGUUGCACAAGCAAUGCAUGAUUUCCAGUAACAAUAAUUAUAUCACUUCAGGUUCCUUGCAACAGUCUGUUUUUCGUUAUUUUCUUCAAAACAAUGUAUGAUAAAACAAUUUUAUUAGUGUCGUGUCUUAAUCGCGUAUUGAAACCGAUUCACACGGAUUAUCAAGCUGCACCAGAAACACUCUGAAUCUAAUCCGCCAUGCUUUUAAUAAUCAAUCCCAUCAACCUUUGUACGGCUAGAUACAUCAUGUAAGCUAUACUGAAAGUACACUACAUCCCUCCCUUUUUUGGAACAACACAUGGGAAACAUAAACAUACUUAACAGCUACAAGAACAAAUCAGAGCAAACUUAGUAGUUGUCCCAAAUAUAAACCUCGACUCCGCGAGGAUGAACGCAGUUCACAGUUCAAUAAUAAAGAAAGCGAAGUAACUUAACACUAUCCUAGCGAAACACGAACAAUUCUAAUAAGUCAAGUCAUAUCAAAGUCUUUAAACUUCUCUGGCAACUUCUUAUGACGAACAGGUCUUGUAGGUGCAGCAAUCUUUGCUUUUCCACAAUCCGUCUCAAGGUCUGUAUGGUCUAGUCCUGCGUCGACAGCAUUCUCUACAGCAGGAGGAUCAACAGCUUCAGCCUCAUACUUUUUAAGGUGGGCUUUAUUUCUUUCAUACUGAACACCUUCGGGAGACUUGAUAACAAUGCUGCUGCCAUUUCUGCUUACAACGUCAUACAGUUCUGGUGCAAAUGGUGUUGACAACUUGUUUUGCCGCUCUUGCUUUAAUAGGACUCUGUCACCUGGAACUAGAUCUGAAUAUUCUGCAUGCCUCUUCUCGUCCUCAUAUAACUUAGCCUUUGCUUUCAUUUCGCUGUCUCUGUCUCGCACUUCACUUGCUACAUUAUCUUCGCGGAAUUCAGGUAACUUGGUCCGGAUUUUCCUUCCAAACAGGAGUUCAGGUGGACUCACUCCGGUGGUGGUGUGAGGAGUGGAUCUGUAUGCAAUCAGGUAUUUGCGAACUUCUUCCUUCCACUGUUUGCCCUCAGCUUGUGCAAUCCGCAUUCUUUUCAAAAGAGAUCGGUUCUGCCUUUCCACUUCUCCGUUCGCUUGGGGCCAUAAUGGCGUGGUCUUCCUGUGUUCAAUACCACAGUCUUCCAAAUACUUUUCAAACUCAUUUGAAACAAACUGUGGACCAUUAUCACUGGUUACUGAUAGUGGUAAACCAUGAAUCAUGAAGAUCCUCUCCAGGCUCUCAAUGAUCUUCUUGGAUGUCGUGGAGCGCAUAAUCUCAAUUUCAUAAUAUCUGCUGAAGUAAUCAACCACGACCAACACGGAGUCACCUGACGGUAAAGGACCUAGCAAGUCCAGGGCCAAGUCUUGCCAAGGACCUUGUGGCAAGGGGGUCGACUUGAUUGGUUCAGGGUGGGCAGGACUGCUUACUAGCUGGCAACCAAAACACGUUUUGCAAAAUUUUUCUGCCUCUUUGUCAACUCCAGGCCACCAUACUUUUGAUCGCAACCUCUGCUUCAUACUAACAAUACCAGGAUGCCCUUCGUGUGCUAGCGUAAGGACUCGGGAUCUCAACUUGCUGGGUAUUACAAUUCUGGUACCACGGAGGAUUAGCUUGCCAAUCACACACAGUUCACUGGCUACAGGUAUGUACUGCUUGAGCUGGUCGUUCCUCCAGGUUCCCCUCAUUAUACAGUUACGCAACUCACUGAAUUCUUCAUCUUCUGCUGAUGCUUCUUCAAUCUCGCGUGUGGUCAUCGCCCGUGGAGUGGACGUUACUGCUACAAAUCGGACAAAUACAUCUGAUACUUUGUGCGCUACCGUUGAAUCAGCUUGGUUCUCUUCUUGUAGUAAGCGUGAUAGCGAAUCUGCAAUGUUCUUCUCUCCUGGCAGGUAUUUUACUUUGAAACUGUAUAGUUGUAACCUCAGAAUCCAUCGCUCAAUUCUGGCGCAGGGCUUUGAUUUGUUGGAGUAUAUUGUCUCCAAUGGCUUGUGAUCUGUGUACAGUUCGAAUUCAAUGCCGUACAGGUACACAUGGAAACGCUCGCAUGCCCAAACAACUGCCAACGCCUCUUUCUCAGUCUGAGAAUACCGUUUUUCCACAUCACUCAAACUUUUGCUGGCAUAGCUGAUAACUCUCUUUCUUCCUUGCUGUUCUUGAACAAGUACCGCGCCAAGACCGACUGGGCUUGCAUCUGCUAUAAUUAGUGUCCUGGCGUCUUUGUUAAAAUACCCAAGGGUUUCAGCACUUGUUAAUCUGCUCUUCAGCUCAUUGAAUGCUUUUCUCUGCUCGCCUCCAAACUUGAAACAGACACCUUUCUUUGUCAGUCUACGCAAAGGUUCAGUUACUGUGGCAAAAUCUGAGAUGAACCGUGCAUUGUAGUUAGCAAGUCCCAGGAAACUCCUAACUUCUGACACAUUCUGCGGCUCUCUCGCCUCGACAAUAGCUUUCACUUUUUCUUCAGUUGGACCGAUGCCCUUGGUUGUUAGCGUGAGUCCCAUAAACACUAGCUUGGUCAUGUGAAACUUGCACUUCUCUGCAUUUAAAGUUAAGUUCUUCUCUUUCAGUUUCUCCAAGACUCGCUUUAAUCUCUCGUCAUGCUCCUUGGUAGUUUUCCCAUGUACAAUUAUGUCAUCAGAGAUGUUAGCAACUCCCUCACAGUCACUAAGUGCUAGCUGAAUAACAUGCUGAUAUACUUCUGGGGCUGAACUUAUUCCAAACAUUAGGCGCUUAUAUUGAAACAAUCCACAGUGAGUGAUAAAAGUAGUCAUGCUACGGGAAUCUGGAUGGAGUUCCAACUGAUGAUAUCCCCACUUCAAAUCAAGCUUACUAAACACUGUGCUUUGGUUCAGGCUUUGGAGUACUUCAUCGACAGUAGGUAUGGGGUAGCGUUCUCUGAUUAUGGCUUCAUUGGCCUUACGCAUGUCCACGCAUAGCCGAAUUUCAUCAUUCUGUUUCGGUACCACCACUACUGGACUAACCCAUGGUGUUGGGCCCUCUACUGGCUCGAUAAUAUCCAUAUUUACAAGUUCCUCAACCUUCUUCUUCACCUUGUCACGGAGGCUGAAUGGAGUACGUCUGACUGGCUGGGCUACUGGGGGUACAUUAGGAUUAACAUGUAACUUGACUUGAUAGUCUUUCAACUUGCCUACACCAUCAAAUACUCCUUUGUAAUCAGACAUGAUCACUUCUUUGGAUUGCACUGUAUAAACUGGAGCCCCUAAUUUCAACACACCUGGUUGCAACGCAGUUUCUCUUCCAAGUAGUGCUUCUCCUUCACCAUCGAUGACAACAAAUUCAGCUUGAACCUCUCUCUCAGCUACUUUCGUCAACGCUGAAAAUGUCCCCAAAACUUUCGAUGGCUCCUUGCUUCCAUACGCGUAAAGCUUCUUGUCACAUUUCUUGGAUACACAGACAAUCUUCUGCUGCUUUAGGUCAUUCCAUAGACCUUUGUCUACAAUGUUAGUGCUCGCCCCUGAAUCAAUCACCAUUUUCACAACACAACCACCCACAAGUACCUGAACUUUUUCCGGCUGUGACACUGAUUGUACAGUGAACGCAUACUCAUCUUCCUCGUCAUCAUUUUCUCCCUGCAUAUAUCUCACUUUUCUCUUCUCUUUUGGUUUCUUAUCGCCUCUACGUUCACUCUCCUUGCUUCUGCAUUGCGAGAAAAAUGAUCAGCACCACCACAUGACCUGCAGGUUUUUCCUUUCGCGGGGCAUUCAGGGUCUCGUCCAAAAUGUCCUGUGUUGCCGCAUCGAUAACAUGUUUUGUUUCCAGGCUCACCCGAUGUCUUCUUCCCUUUAUGAUAAUGCUUGUUUUCGCUUGAGUCACGAACUUGAUUCACAGUAACGCCUCUACUCUUCAUACUCUCCAGCUGAGCUUGCACAGCCUCAAAGGACUCAGCAGUUUUGAGUAGAACUUCUAGGGUUAAAGUGUCACCUUUCUCAAGCAAUUUCCGCGUUAAAUCAUGGGACGUACACCGCUGAACAACUUGAUCUCGAAUUUGAUUAUCCGCCUGAUCACCGUAAUCACAAUCUUUCACAACUUGUCUUAACCUUGUCACGAACUGAGCCACCGUUUCACCCUCUCGCUGUUCCAUACUUCGGAAAAGAUGAUUUUGGUAUGUCGAAUUUACCUUUGGAAUGAAAUAUGCGUUUAACGCAUUCACAGCUUUCUCAUACUCGGUCGCUGUGCCCGGAUCAGCCAAAGUUUCGAAGCUUUCGUCCACUUGUUCCCCGGCACAAUGCAAAAGUAGAGCCCUUCUUUGCACUUUAUUGUCGGCUUUGUCUGCUUGGAUGAUGAGGCCCUUGCUGUCGGCAUAUAACGAAAAACCUUUAAGCCAUCGUUGCCAUCGCCUACCAAUGCUCGACGGUUCGCCGUUCGGAUCGAAGGGUUUUACACUUGUUAGUAGAUCAUCCACUUUGAUAGAGGCCAUAAUUCAACUUUUUUGACCUAAAAGACUAUCCUCGUCGCCAGAUGUCGUGUCUUAAUCGCGUAUUGAAACCGAUUCACACGGAUUAUCAAGCUGCACCAGAAACACUCCGAAUCUAAUCCGCCAUGCUUUUAAUAAUCAAUCCCAUCAACCUUUGUACGGCUAGAUACAUCAUGUAAGCUAUACUGAAAGAACACUACAAUUAGAUUCGGUUUUUGUGAUAUCCUACAUAAUCAAGGUCUCUGUUACCUUGACCUUGAUUAUUCUGGAUAUCACAUUGCAAGUCCUGGAAAGUCAUGGAAAAUAAAAGUUGUGUUAGUGCAGAUGUCAAAGCAAGGGCAAUGUAAGAUAGAGAUGACUAAUUUAUUAAAAUUCACGGAUUUUAGUGCCAGAGUUUGUGUCGGUCGAACUGAGUAACAUUAAUUGUAGGUCAAAGAAAUACCCUAAAACAUAGAAAGUUUUGAAAAUAUUCAAAGUGACAGCUAACCCUUCGGUCAUGGAAACCUAAAAAAGGUCAUGGAAAAAGUCGUGGAAUUUGAAGAGCUCCAAGGAGUGCGAACCCUAUAUAUGUGAUUUUGGAAAUCAGCAGUACCUACAUAUCUGUAGGUUGUGAGCACAGUGUACAUCAGUAUGAUUCCCUAGGCAAUGUCAAGCAGUGUUCUGUGCGAUGGUGUGGUUGCUGUUAUUAUUAUGUUAUUUUGUUCAAAAAAUGUGAAAUAAAAGAGUUUUCAGAUUUGGUUUUUUUGCUAUCGAGAAUAAUCAAGCCCUUGGUAAGUGUUGUCUGCCUAGACCUUGGGCUCAGCUGAUAACACAUUUCUCAGCCUUGAUUAUUUUGAAUAUCCAAAAAAACUUCAUUCAUUAAUAUUCAUCCAAUAGUAUCUGUCACACUGUCCUUCAUAUAAAUUUCCCAGUAUACAAAUAAAGACAACUGUACAGUAUACUGGUCAUACAAAGGCCUUGAGCAAGUUUUAAAACAGAAAUAAUUAGACUAAGGAGACACUCCUCAUACACUUAUGGCUCAUGAUCCAUAAUUUUUUAACCAUGGUUAGUCAUUACAAAGAGUAAUUUUGGCAAAAGACUGUUUUUAGCCUGGGAGCUUAAUAAACCAUGGUUUUGAUGACAGUGAGACUGUCGCUAAAAACUUUGUGAUGAAUACUCCAUCUUUCUUACAAAUUAUGCAAGUAUCAAGUGUCAGUGAAUUUUCAUAGACUUGAACCUUAUUAAACUAAUUUAUCAAUUGUGCUUUGUGAACCCCAAGGAUAUUAUAGCUCAUUUUUGGAGCAUUGUUUAUGACAAUUAUUAAAUCAUCACUUAAUACAGCACAUUACUUGUAUAUACAGUAGACCUUUUUACCGAUAUUGAAUUUAUUAGAUUAAAGGAGUAUUAUGGGAUGCCCCGGGGGCACUCGCUCAGUAUUUACAUACACUUUUGGAGCAAAAACAGAACUUCACUGUAUAUUCCUCGGGAAAAAGGCGAUCAUUAUUACAUCCAAACGUGGCACAACAAUCUUUUUUUCCCAUUACAAUCUUUUUCUAGGAAAACUUAAAGACAAAAAAUAAUUGGCCCGAAAAGUGCCGUAAAUACUGAUUGAAUGUAUUGGAUUGUGCUCAUUUCCCCUGGGCAUCCCAUAAUACUCUUUAAAUCUUAUAAAUUCAAUAUGGCCGCCCUAUCAGCAUUAUUGUAGUUGUGCAAAAAUUAUUUUAGCAUUGCUAUUGAUUCUAUGUUAUUUUACAGAACAAAUGUACACGUUACUGGCCUGAUCCUGAUACCACGAAAUAUGUUGGUCCAUAUCAUGUGCGAUACAUGAAGGAGACAGAGUACACUGAAUACACACUAAGAGAGUUUGAGUUGACGUCAAUAGAUGAUGUAAGUUGCACUUCUUUUAUCCAAAAUAUGGCUUUGUAGGCCAUAAACAUUUAUUAUUUAUUAAUCAUCAUUAUUCAUUUUGUACUGUGAAUGCUUGAAUCAGCACCUAGGGCACUUAAUACAAGUAUUUUUCUAAAUCCAGAGUGGGUUGGCGUUGGACUUAUUCCGUCUUUCAACUUUUGGCCUUAAAAUAACAUUGUCACUAUUUCCAGUAAUAUAGCACGGGAAACAGUAAACUAGAAACUACCUGUCAGAAGAAACUCAAAUCUGUUUGUGGUCACUCUCGAAGUCCUGGUUUUGCUAAGUUCUAGCAUUGUAAACCUUCUAUCCUGCUUCUAUGCCAUAUAUAUCUUAGCUUCGUGGGAAAGGUGUGUGGCACUUAAACUUUACUUGAAGUGAGCCCUUUGUCAAUAUUUUUAGCCUGAAGUGGGUCUCUUACAAUAUAUUUGAAUCUUGCUCAUCAAAGUCAACAACAUAAUCAUAUAGUAUUGAAUCUUACCAUUGUCCAAGCAACACACUCAAGUAUAUUUUAGUUGAGGAUGCAGAUGCUGAAACAUGACCCUUUUUUGUGGUCAAUAAUACUAUUUUCUGUCUUUUCUUUUUAAAAGAGGACUUGAGCACUUAUUCUGUAUUUUUUAAAAUGUACUUUUAAAGUCUUUAAAGCCUUUAAUAGGAACUUUACUAGUGGCAGCCACGUUAUCCUUUUUAAACUUCAUUGACUCCCGAUUUCUUAUCGUGUUGUGUUCAAGUUACUUUUGCUGAUUUUUAAAGCUCUAAAAAAUGGUCUUGGACUUGGGUACUUGGUCGAAUUACUUCAACACCAGAAGCAUUCCAGGACAAUUCGUUCAAAUUCUCGAGAACUACUUUGGCAGCAAAAAUCCAAUACUAAAUCUUAUGGUGAUAGGGCAUUUUCCACAUGUGCCCCAAGACUGUGGACCGUAUUCUGCUAGACAUUCAUAAAUCAAACUGUUUUUGUACAUUUAAAAAUGAUUUCAAGACCUACCUUUUUUAUGAAAUUAAUUAAUGAUGGGUUAAUUUAUUACCAGAUUUUAUUGUUUUAUAUCUUCUUAUUCUUAUGUUUAUUUUUAUGUAUUAAUUGUUAUUAUUUUUAAUAUUGUUGUAAAGCGGCACAAACAACUAGUGGAUGUGAGCAAUAUACCAGUAGAAGUGUUUUGUUAUUAUUAUUAUUAUUAUUAUUAUUGUUAUUAUUACUAUUAUUAUUAUUAUUAUUACUAUUAUGUCAUUUCUGGUGUGCCCUUAUGGUGAAAUUGCCUGUAGCAGGCCUUGUCUGACAGAGUGUUGAAUUCUUGAAAAAGUCUUGAAAUUUGCUCAGCAAUUUUCCAGACCUGGAAAAAGUCUGGAAAAUGGAGAUAGCCGAGAUAAAGUCUGGAAAAAUGGUCAAAAGUCUUGAGUUUUUUUCAAAGCUAUGACAAGUGCUUUAUAAUUUUUUUGGUUUUGGUCAAUUUGAAUCGAUCUCGCCCAUAGGUUUGAAAAAAAGCUUUGUUCCUGCGAUUUUUAUGGUCUUUAUGGGUCACCUAUUUGAUAACCUCGAGUGUGGACAAAGAGAAUAUUGUUUUGGAAAAAAAGUCUUGAAGUAAUAUAUCAAACAUGAGACGCAGUGUUUCAUCACCAGAUGAAACACCGAGAAGAGAGUUGGAAAUACGACGCGCAGCGGAGUAUUUUGGGCGAACUUCGAGGUGUUUCAUCUGGUGUUCUCAAACUCAUUAAUAAUUCAUAAAGAAAAUACAAAGAAAAUUAAUGUUUAAUGAGGUGUUUCAUCUGGUGAUGAAACACUGUGUCGAAUGUUUGAUAUUUCUUCUCAAACAAAAUCAUUUUUGAAGGGGAAAUUAAGGAUGCAAAAAUGAGCAGUUUUUCAUCUGAUAUCCAAACACUCAUUAACAUUAAUUUCCUUUGAAUUUUCUUUAUGAAUUAUUAAUGAGUUUGAGAAGUUUAGAUCCACUACUCCUUCUACCCUGCUGUAGCCAUAUCCUGAUUGCCUGAUUGUGUAUACGAAAUUUCAUAAAUUCACUUUGUAGUAUGGUUUGUUUUUAUGUCAUGUUACAGCCUAUACCUCGAACAAUAUACCAGUUCCAUUACACUGGCUGGCCAGAUCACGGUAUUCCAAAAGACCCAAGCCCUGUAUUACAUAUUCUUCAUGAAGUGAACUCAAGACAACAGUCCAUUCCAAUGGCUGGGCCAAUUAUUGUUCAUUGCAGGUACAUGGAAAUUAUUUCAGUACUGUUUAAAAAGCGAGCAGGUUGAAAAACUCGAGGCAAAGGCGGGAAUUUUUACACCUGAUAAUAUAUUUCUGCGAGUUUUUUUAAUGGCUUCAAAACCCCUGACAUAUACUCAUUCUUACGCUAAUAUUUAGAUUUGGGGUUAUUUUGGUCUAAAAAAUUGGACGUUAAGUUUAUUUUAUUUUUGUUUUCAGUUACAGCUCAGGAACUGAGUUGAACUGUCUUUUAUUCUUUCAGUGCUGGAACAGGAAGGACUGGAACAUUCAUUGUUAUAGAUAACCUGGUUAACAUGAUCAAGGAGCAAGGUACUGUGCUUUGUAGUACAAUCAUGAGUAACCUCCCGCUUAUUUUUUCGCGUUUCUCAGGCGAUUGAUGGCAAGUGCGAGACGUGCGUCAGCGCAACACACGCGCGAUGGGGAGAAUGCGCGCAACGUGUCUCUUGCUUUACACCCGCCUCGCACUCGCUUUUGCUCGCCUGAAAAACGCUAAAACAAUCAGGCCGGUUCUUCAGGCUAACGUUCUGUCAAGUGAGAAAUGGUGAAUAAGUCGAAACAUAAUGACAAAAUGCACUUUAUUUGAGUGUCAAUGUAUUUAACACGAAAGUACUAAUUGGGGACACUAUAUUAACGUCUCCUACUGGAGACGGAACCGCCAUUUUACGUGGUCAUCCGAACCACGCGAAGGUCUACCCGCUUGCAAUGCAAAGGGAAUACCUUUAAUUCUCAGUUACUUUAAGACCCUGAGUAUUGGUCCAGUCCCUAGAAUCGAACCCUCGACCUCCCCCUUUGCAGUCAAGGGCUCUUCAGACUGAGCUAAUUCAGCUUUCCUUUCUAUUGCAGGUCUUGAUUGUGAGAUUGAUAUUUCGAAGUCUAUUCAGAAUGUAAGAGCCCAGCGAUCUGGUAUGGUCCAAACUGAGGUG